GGCUUUCCUUUUGUAAAUCAGAUUUUAGCUGAGCCACAGAGUCGGCGCCUACGUUCACCAUGCUGUGGACCGCGAGUCUCUGCGUCCUCUGGGCCUCAUCGGUCCUCGGAGCGCCGGUAAACAACGAGAGACAGAAGGUGCUGCUGAUCUCAUUCGAUGGUUUCCGGUGGGAUUACGACCGCGACGUGGACACGCCGAACCUCGACCAAAUGGCCGAGGACGGCGUCAAAGCCCAGUAUGUCACCCCUCCGUACCUCACCAUCACCAGUCCGACACACUUCACCCUCUUGACAGGCCGCUACAUCGAGAAUCACGGGGUAAUCCACAACAUGUUUUUCAACACAACCACCGGAGAGAAGAAGUCUUACUAUCAGAGUCAGUUUGUGAAUCAGUGGUGGGACAAUGGCACUCUGCCUAUCUGGAUCACAGCACAGAGACAGGGCCUAGAAGCUGGCUCUCUUCACUUUCCUGGCACAGCUUCCAGUUACCAGGGACAGUUUGCUGAGCCGAGGGAAGUGGAGCCGCAGCUUUACAACUACAAGAACGAGACCGCUUGGCGAGAAAACACAGAUAAAGUGAUGAGCUGGUUCAGAGACAAGAACGUGGACUUUGUUUCCUUCUACUUUGGCGAGCCUGACGGUACAGGCCACAGAUACGGUCCGGACUCGAAUGAACGUAGAGAGAUGGUGAAACAAGUGGACCGAACAGUGGGCUAUAUUCGGCAAUCAGCUGAGCGACACGGGCUGACUCACCGCCUUAACAUCAUCAUCACGUCAGACCACGGCAUGUCCACCGUGUAUCGUAAUGGUCUGGUGGAGGAAAUCACCCUGUCAAAGAUCCCAGGCUUUUCAUUCGGGGACCUGUCCUUCCACUUGGUGGACUACGGACCUUCCGGGAUGCUGUUGCCCAAGCCAGGCAGGCUGGAGGCGGUGUACAAUGCCUUGAAAGGGGCUCAUCCACAUCUCCACGUGUACAAGAAGGAGGACGUGCCAGAGCACCUUCGCUUUACUAAAAACGAUCGCAUCCUCCCCAUCAUUUUAUGGGCCGACCCUGGAUACGUAAUCAACGGGUAUUUCCCAGUUCAAUUCAACAAGGGAGAGCAUGGCUAUGACAACCAAGCGAUGGACAUGAAGCCUUUCUUCAGGGCAGUGGGUCCAGCAUUUCACAAAAACCUAAAGGUGGGGCCCUUUGAGACAGUGAACAUCUACCCCUUGAUGUGUCACAUCCUGGGCAUCGAGCCGGAGGUCAAUGACGGCCAUCUCGACGCCACCAAACACAUGCUGGUUACUAGCACUGCUGCUCGAGCUGAAAGUAGUUCACACAGGAAGUACAUGAAAAACGCCUUCACUGGACUGGCUGCGGUAGCUGGAUUUCUUGUCAUAGUGUUUGCAGCAGCAGUGGUCCAACGACUACUCAAGCAGAAACGCAAGACAAAGAGAUCAGGAAGUUUGAGAGAUCUUCCGGAAAAAGAAGACGCACAUCAAACUCCAUUUUGAACAUCACAAUAAUGAAGAGAGAUUUAAAAGCAGCUCCCUGUGGACGGACCCUCUGCAUGAUUCUCUUUCAUGGCAAAUUGCAUUAGAACCCAAAGAGCAGAGUGUAAAUUAUUAUUUUAGCUAUUUUCAAAUAAUACAAAGUGACAAGAGAAGGAUCAGAACAAGUUUAACUGGAGAUGCCCUGGUUUAUGCAUGAAUGAAGAACAUUUAGGUCUUUUUCAAAUCUGCUGUAAUUAAAUGGGAAUAAACAUCCAUAAGCAGGGCUGUGUUGGGACACUGGAAUAUAAACAUCUGAGACCAUUACCGUAACGUUAUAUUACUUUUAUGUACUAAAUAAACAUAAAAGCCAUAAAGCAAAACGAGGUGUUGGGGUGAGGCUGUGAGCAAUUAAAUUAAGAUAAAAGGUGCUGAGAACAAAGUAGCGAUCGCGUCUCUACUUUCAUUUAAAGAAGUGAAUACACGUCUACGGUGGCUGCCAAGUGACAUAUUUUGAGGAACUACAUACUCAUCAGUUGCCGCCUCUCCUCGGAUAAAAAUGUCAAGUUAAACACGGGUGCUCAACACUUCCGGUUGUAACUUUCAACAUAAAUGUAAACCCUCCGGGUUUUUUAUAUUGUCUAUAUAUCAAAAGUUCAAAUAUAUAUUUUGACUUGUACGCCAGAACCGUUUAGUUCUCAUUAGCUGAGCCCUCAUUUUUUUCUUUUUAGCAUAACAUUUAAGACUUGUAUGGAACUUAUUUAAAUACAAUACUUUAAUCAACAUGCUGCCCUUUAAACUUGUACUACGUGAACUGGUUAUUUAACUGGUUGCUUGAGUUUGUUUCUUGCGUAAAGCAUGUUAAAAUUAAUCUUGUGUAUAAAAUUAACGGAAUAAACUAUUCUAUUAUG